AUGGCGCGCGCCAAGCAGGCGGCGGCUAAAAAACCGCCUAAAAACGCCCCUUCUCCAGCCCCGAAACCCCCUAAAAAUGCUUGUUCUCGAGCUCCAAAACCCCCCAAAACGCGGCCACCCCCACGGCGGCCUCCAUCGCUGUGGGAAAAGCUCCGUCGCUCGCCAAAACCCCCGCUCGGGCUGCUCCCCGCCGCCUCUUUCCGCGCGUCGGUGCGAAGCGCCGCCGCCCUGCGGGAGGGUUUCGGGGUGCAGGCGGGCGCCGCGGCGGCUCUGCGCGAGGGCUGCGAGGCCCAUCUGCUGGCGCUGCUCGAGGCGUGGGGGCUGUGCGCCCUCCACGCCAAGCGGUCCGUCGUCCGCGUCGCCGACGUGAGCCUCGUGAGGAGCCUUCGAGUGAAAAGAGGCUGA